GGCAGCAACUAUUCUUAGAUCCACACCCGCCCGCUCGCCCAUUCCGCUUGCCUUGCUCUGCUCAGCUUGGGGGUUUGGGUUUGGUUCGCUGCUGCUGCCGAGCAAUGCGGUGAGGGGGAGGAGAGAAAAUGGGGUGCGCGCAGUCGCGAAUAGAGAAUGAGGAGGCGGUGGCGCGGUGCAAGGAGCGGCGGCAGCUGAUGAAGGCGGCCGUCGUGGAGCGGAACGCAUUCGCGGCCGCGCACUCCGCCUACGCCUUCUCGCUCAGGGACACGGGCGCCGCGCUCUCCGAGUUCGCGCAUGGGGAGGGCGUGGCCCCGCCGCAGCCGCCGGGGGCGGCGGCCGAGUCGGCGGCUCCCGGAGCCGCGCCGGGUGGGAUCGGGGCAGCUGCGGCGGGGGGAGUCGCGGGUACCUCGGCGGCAGGGGGAGACGCGAUAAUGCCGCCGCCGCCGCCCCUAGACUCACUCCCCCCGCCUCCGCCGCCGCUGCCGGAGUUCUCGCCUUCGCCGGCGAAGAUCCAUCGCUCCAUCAGCAUGCCCCUGCCCUAUUCGACAGCCGCCAAGGAUCCUGCCAUGCACCACAGCGACUCGAUUAGGGAGGAGGACGAGGACGAGGCGGAGAGGGGUGAGGAAGAGGAGGAUGGACAUCUCGACGACGGGCGGCGGCGGCUGCGCCACCGCCCACCGGUGUCGCCGCCCGUGUCGCCGCUUCCGCCGGAGACGCCGGUGAUUCCUCAGCCCCCGCCGGUGCCGAAGCCCGGAAUCGACACGUGGGACUAUUUCUUCUCCAUGGACGAGGGAAUGGCCUCCAUCGCCCCCGAGGACGACGAGAUCAUGGCGGAGCCGGAAGAGGAGAAGUACGUCCCGGCGUCGCCACCGCGCCCGCCUCCCUCUCCUCCGCUGGCUGCGGUGCCACUGUCGGAGGAGUUUGACGAGGAGCCGCGGACGCCGGAGAUGGUCACGCCGCCUCCGUCGUUGCCGUCGAAGCCCCCGAAGCAUUCGUCCAAGAAGAAGAAAGGGAAGGGAAAGUUGAAGGGGGCGCACCAUCAGCACACAGAGUCGGCGCCACCGAUAACGCUGGUCUCCGGUGGGAAGGCAGGGAAGAUAGUCCCUGCCGAGAUGCCGCGUGUGGACCUCCUCCGGGUGCUUGGGGAGAUUGACGAGAGGUUCUUGAAGGCAUCGGAGAGCGCCGGGGAGGUAUCCAAGGUGCUGGAGGCCAACAGGAUGCAUUACCACUCCAAUUUCGUCGACAAACGAGGGCAUAUCGAUCAUUCUGAGAGAGUCAUGAAAAUAAUAACAUGGAAUAGAUCCUUCAAAGGCAUGCAAAAUGGUGAUGAUGGGAAGGAUGACUUUGAGAACGAUGAAUUGGAGACCUUGGCAACUGUAGUAGAUAAAAUCUUAGCGUGGGAGAAAAAGCUCUAUGAUGAAGUGAAGGCUGCUGAGCUCAUGAAGCUUGAGUAUCAGCGAAAGGUUGCUUUGUUAAAUAGACAAAAGAGACACAAUGCUGCUAUUGAGGUUCUGGAGAAAACAAAAGCUGCUGUAACUCACUUGCAUACAAGAUACAUAGUUGAUAUGCAAUCAAUGGAUUCAACCGUGUCAGAAAUUCAGCAUCUCCGUGAUAAUCAACUUUAUCCCAGACUAUUGGAUCUUGCUGACAGGAUGGCAAAAAUGUGGGAGGACAUGCACAUGCACCAUGCAAACCAGCUGAAAACUGUGUUAAAUCUGAAGUCAGUUGACAUUUCUGAUUCCAACAUUGAAACAAGUGAAUAUCACCACAGCCACACACGUCAGCUACGUGAUAUUGUAGAAAAGUGGAACGCAAAUUUUAAUGAUCUCAUGAGUCACCAAAAGGAGUACAUAAAUGCUCUCUAUAGCUGGUUGAAGUUGAACCUUAUUCCCAUAGAGAGCAGCUUAAAGGAGAAGGUAGCAUCACCACCCAGGAUGCAGCAGCCUCCUAUUAAAGCCUUUCUUCAAGCGUGGAAUGAGCAUCUAACAAAGCUGCCUGAUGAUCUUGCCAAGGCCGCCAUUGUUAGUUUUCGAGCAGUCCUGGACACCAUAUUAGGUGUUCAAGAUGAGGAGUUGAAGCAGAAGGAGAUCUGCGAGCAAACUCGUAGGGAAUACAUGCGGAAGGCCCAGGCUUUUGAGGAUUGGUACCACAAGCAUUCACAGCGCAGAACAUUCGAUGUUGAUUCAGAGAGCAGAGAGGAAACAGGCCAUAAGGAUGCAGUCACAGAAAGAAAAUUCGUGGUGGAGAGUUUAAAGAGCAAGCUCGACGGCGAGAUCGAAGCCCACAAUAAGUUAUCAAAGCAGGUCAGGGAGAAAUCCCUCUCAAUCCUGAAGGCGCACUUACCGGAGCUAUUCCGCGCUCUGGCCGACUUCUCCCAUGUUACUUUCGAUAUGUACUCAAAGCUGAGGCUGAUGUCGUUGAUGCAAGACCAGGGCAACAACUAGGACAAGGACAUGUACAGGAGUUAAGAUUGCUAGUAAUAUCCCCCUCAAAUGUUGUAACGCUUAUGUUGUUCACCUACCCCGUUUUGCGGUAUGUGUAGCACUUUAGAUGAGGACAGUCAUGGAUGGUGUCUGUCCUUUUUUUUUUCACUUUAAUAUAUUGAAUUAUGAGCUUCCUGGAUCGUUGGCUUGCUGAAUUCAGGUAUAAUCUUGUGAUGAUGUUGAUUUUGCCCGUCCGUGGCAAAUUUUGUUGUAAUAUUCUCCGCUCUGCAGUUCUUCGUUUCAA